AUGAAGAGCGAUGAUGAGGAGUACAUAAAACAAAUGGAACUACAAAGGAAAGCCUUUGAAAGCCAAUUCGGAUCCUUAGAAUCCAUGGGGUUCGAAGAUAAAACAAAAAAUAUACAAACUGAGGCGGAUGUCAGUUCCUCUUCAGGGAGUGAGAGUGGCAGUUCAAACGAUGCUAGUGAUUCUGACAAUGGUAGCGGAGAAGGCUCGUCCUUUUCUGAGGUAGAUGAUAAUGAUGAAGGCGACGGGGGUAAUGGACAGGUCUCCAAGCCAAAACCUCAACCAAAAGUCAUUAAAUUUAGUGGGCCUAGUGACGUUUAUAUCCCCCCAAGCAAGAAAACACAAAAAAUGCUAAGAAGUGGUAAAACCUUAUCUCAAAUUAACAAAAAAAUAGAAGGUACCCAAGUCAAGGAGGAAAAAGAAGAUGAGACCUUGGAAGCGGAAAACUUGCAAAACGACUUACAGUUGCAGCAGUUUCUGAGGGAGUCGCACCUAUUGAGCGCCUUCAGCAACGGUGGAAGUGGCUCUGCGGAAAGUGGUGUUUCGUUGACUUUACAAAGUAUGAGUGGCGGAAACGACGAUGGAAUAGCAUACCAAGAUGAACAAGUAAUUGGGAAGGCUAGAUCGCGCACGCUAGAAAUGAGACUAAGUAGGCUAUCGAGAGUAAAUGGGCACCAGGAAAAAAUAAACAAACUGGAAAAAGUACCCAUGCAUAUUAGACAAGGAAUGAUCGACAAGCACGUCAAAAGGAUCAAGAAAUACGAGCACGAAGCCGCCGAAGGUGGGAUUGUUUUAUCAAAAGUGAAAAAGGGACAAUUCAGGAAAAUCGAAUCGACGUACAAGAAGGACAUCGAGAGGCGUAUUGGCGGAAGUAUAAAAGCCAGGGAUAAAGAAAAGGCUACCAGAAGGGAGCGUGGGUUGAAGAUUAGCAGCGUGGGCAGGUCCACGAGGAACGGGCUGAUUGUAUCCAAAAGAGACUUUGCUCGUAUCAGCGGGAGCGACAAGAGUGAUAAAUCCAGCCGCAAAAAGAAAUCCCGUCGCUAA